UCCCAACAAUGAACAACAGCUCGGAGGCGACCGUGUAUGGUGGACGUGGAACGCCAUCUAACUCUACCUACCUCAUGGAACAGAAGAUCUCCGUCUUUUUCUCCAUCGUAUUCAUGACGGUCGGGAUCAUUUCAAACAGCUUGGCGGUUGCGAUUCUCCUGAAGGCGUACCAGAGAUUUCGGAAGAAGUCCAAAGCCUCGUUCUUGUUGUUCGCCAGCGGUUUGGUGAUUACUGACCUCUUCGGUCAUCUCAUUAAUGGAACCAUCGCUGUUUUCGUGUACGCAUCGAAGAGGGAUUGGCUGCGGUUCGACCAGUCGAAUAUACUUUGUAGCAUUUUUGGGAUGUGUAUGGUGUUUUUCGGGCUCUGUCCUCUGCUGCUUGGAUGCGUGAUGGCGGUGGAGCGGUGCAUAGGAGUCACCAGACCCAUCUUCCACUCUACAAAAAUGACUUCAAGGCACGUGAAGAUCAUCCUGAGUUUGGUCUGGCUCUUCGCCAUCUUGGUUGCGCUCUUACCGAUCUUAACCACGCGAGCUUAUCACAUCCAGGCUUCUAGAACUUGGUGCUUCUUAAAAACGGAAGGGAUCGAAAGCUGGCUGGACCAAUUUAACCUUCUCUUCUUCUCCUCACUCGGUCUGAUAUCCCUCGCCGUCUCAUUCAUAUGCAACGCGAUGACCGGUCUGACGCUACUGAAAUCUAGAAUGAGAAGCCAGCAGCACCGACAGGGACGAUCCCACCACAUAGAAAUGAUUGUCCAACUCCUGGCCAUCAUGUGCGUUUGUUGCAUCUGCUGGACGCCAUUUCUGGUAACGAUGGCCAGCAUCGGACUGAUGGGGGAUUCCGCGGAGUCUCGGGAGAAGAUCCUGUUUUGUCUGCGAAUGGCCACCUGGAAUCAGAUCUUGGAUCCCUGGGUCUACAUCCUCUUGAGAAAGACGGUCCUGAAGAAGCUGUUCCGGAUCGCCCGGCGCUGCUGCGGGGUGGAGGUCAUCAGCCUGCACACCUGGGAGUUCAGCUCCAUCAAGAACUCUCUGAAAGUGGCCACCGUUUCCGAGUCGGCCGGCUGCACCAGAACAAACACUCUAAACAACGCUCACAAGAGUGACCCCGACCACAAAUGUGAACUCAUUGAAAGUAAACUGUCAUUUGUUUAGGAGAC